CAAACCGAACCCAAAAGUCUUCGGUUUGAUCCUUAUCGAAGGCUUCUACGCUACUCAAGCGCUUGUCUCUUGAGUAUUUCUCGGAAUCGAGGACAGAAAGUUCUCUAAUCUCUGGCGCUUGAUGGAGAACCAAACCCAGAAAAAACCCAGAAUUUUGUGCCUUCAUGGGUUCAGAAAUAGCGGUGAAAUCCUCAAGAAAUUCGUAGGAAGAUUGCCUGAAACCGUGCUCGAAAAGCUGGACCUUGUCUUCCUCGACGCACCUUUUCCUGCUGGAGGGAAGUCCGCUUUAGAAGGCAUUUUUGACCCUCCUUACUACGAGUGGUUUCAUUCCAACGAGGAUUAUACAGAGUAUACGAAUUUUGAAGAGUGUCUUGCAUACGUAGAAGAUUACAUGAUCAAGAAUGGUCCUUUUGAUGGAGUACUGGGCUUCUCCAUGGGGGCGAUGUUAGCAGCUACAAUGCCUGGAAUGCAAGCCGAGGUGCAAAGUGAAUUAUCCUGUGUUAAUUUGCAGGGGCUGGCUCUUACCAAGGUACCAAAGAUAAAGUUUCUGAUCAUUAUAUCUGGGGCUAAGCUUGGAGGAUCCAAGUUUGCGGCACCUAAGCUGGCUGCCAACGCUUUUGCAUCCCCCGUUACCUGCCCAUCUCUCCACUUCAUAGGUGAGACAGACAUCGUGAAGCCAGAUGGGACUGCUCUGCUGGAUUCAUUCGUGGACCCUGUUGUCAUCAAUCACUCCGAAGGGCACACCGUUCCUAGACUUGAUGGUAAACCGCUGGAAACAAUGCUCAGCUUCAUUGAGAAGAUUCAGAUGAUUCCAUGACCCGAAGAAUAGUAGUGAAUAGUAGUAAAAGUUAUGUGAAAAGUAACAAUAAAAUAAUCAAUAGUAAUGAUAAGUGUUGAGAAUACCAUGAGGUACUCUUGAGGCUACUCUAUUGUCUGAUAUUCUCAGUGAACCAUACUCAUUGUCUUUUUCUUAUAAUUAUGUAAGGAAAAGUGUUGUUAAUGAUAUUUACUGUCAUAGAA